AUGUCGACCGACUUGACCGACGGCGUCGAUCACGGCGUCAGCUGCGGACCGACGCAUGAAGAUGGAGUUCUGGAGAUUCAGGCAGUUGGCUUGGAUGGAGAUGAAUGUUCAGUGCGAGUGCCUGCUUCUCUCACAGGUCGUCAGCUUCGAAAGAUCAUCAGCGACAAGCUUCCUCCCAAAGCUGGUGCAAGAGUUGCGCUGCAACAAGGACCUGAGAUGCUUCUUCUAGACAAGACCCUAAGAGAAUCCUUUGGGCUUGUAGACUCUGCAUGUGUGACCUAUGUUUACAUACCUGCCAGCCUCUAUGAAGCCUGGAGAUUGCUUUCAGGCUUGCCCGUUGCUGAUCACGCGAGUGCGCUGGAAGGCAUGACCCAACUGGAAGGUCUUUCAAAGGCUCAUCAGCUUGAGACACUUCCAAGGGGCCUCCACAGCCUUGUGUUUGGCUUUCACUUCAGUCAAAGUCUGGAGACUGUGACUCUGCCCUCUCAACUCCGGAACCUCUCAUUUGGUCGAGAUUUUAACCAAAGCUUGGCAGGAGUCACCUUUCCUGAAAGUCUUGAAAGCAUGACAUUGGGUCAACGUUUCAACCAGAGUUUAAAUCAAGUGAAUUGGCCCGGCCUGCGACACUUGACCCUUGGCGAUUCCUUCAAUCAGAGCUUGGAGAAGGUUUCUUGGCCUAAAUGCCUUCAGAGUCUGACUUUCGGCAGAGAUUUCAACCAGAGUUUGACCGGAGUUGCUUUGCCCUCGACCCUGCAAAGUCUCACAUUUGGCGAUCAAUUCAACCAGAGCUUGAAGGGAGUUACUCUACCUGCCAGCCUUCAGAUUUUGGUCUUUGGAUACUUGUUCAACCAGACCGUGGACGAUGUACUUUGGCCAAGAAGCCUUGAGAGUCUGACAUUUGGGGAUGAUUUCAAUCAGACUUUAGACGCGCUCAGAUGGCCUCAAGGUUUGAAGCAUUUGUCAUGUGGUGAUUUCUUCAACCAGCCCUUGGAUCGCGUUUGUUGGCCCACAGGCCUCCAGAGCCUACGCUUGGGGCAUUUCUUCAACCAGCGGCCAGACGGAGUGACAUGGCCUCGAGACCUUCAAACUUUGACUCUGGGAGACGAGUUCGCUUCGGAAAGCUUCACUUGGCCGAGGCACUUGCGCAGUUUGAGCGUUGGCAAAGGCUUCAAAGGCUUCAAAGGCUGGAGGUGUGAGGAAUCGCAUUCGCCUUCAUGCCUGGAGACUCUGGUUUGCUGUGAGCUUCACCACUUGGAUGAGACGUUGCCCGCGAAUUCCAGCGGAUUCAAGCAGAGAUGGGACCGUGACCGGUCCGCAAUGUGGGGUGGUUUAAAGCACCUGAGUUUGGGUGAGUUCAACCAGCCAGUGGAUGCAAUUCGAUGGCCGGAACAUUUAGAGACCUUGACCUUGGGUGAUGAAUUUAAUCAGACUUUGGAUGGCGUUCAGUGGCCAGAGGGUCUUCUAGAGCUGAAACUGGGCAACAAGUUCAACCAGAGUCUCCAGCAGAUCACAAGCUGGCCAGGUGGGCUACAGAGUCUUAGUCUCGGAGAUCAAUUCAACCAAACGUUGGAGAAAGCCGAACGCCAGGAGCCUGCUGCAGUUCGCAGCAAGCCUUUGAUGCGGCGGCGACAAGUCUUUGCGGAGGAGAGCGCCACUGCCACUGAGCUCGAAGAUGAGCCAGUGGAAGCAGAGGCACAGUGGAUCUUCGUGGAUUUCGCGGUUCUUUGGAUCUUUCGAGACACCUGGGUCGGUCGCCGUGCGCGAGACACGACACCGAAACGAUGGACCGCGCGGAUCGGCCUGCGGCGAGUGGAGGCUACGCGCUGCCGGCGCGGCCCAACCGGCAAGCCUUGGAGGCGCCACCUGCGCGGGCGAAGCCACGGACUUCGGCGCAGGCCUUUGGGCAAAACCGCCAGAGCGACCGUCCGCGCUCCAAAGGGCGGGCGGCCCAAGAGGAGAUCAUCGAGGAGUUCUUGGAAGGUUUGCUCGAUGGCUUCCGGAUGGCCGGCGUGGGCCACCGGAGCCCGGAGAAGGCACCCGUCUUGCAAGACCCCGGGAACUGGCAGGAUUUGGAUGGCAUCCCAAAGGCGACCGCCAGCUUUGAGAACCAGAGGAAGAUGCAGAUGUUCCGCGAGCUCAAGGGACCCGGGACAGGGCAGAGGCGGCGGAGGCAUGCGGAGGCGGAUUUGGGCACCAAGCCAGUGGGGGAGUCUCUACCAAGGUCUCUGGUGAGUAUCCCAGGAUCCCUCAGAUGAGCUAGGCCAAAAUCAUAUUGAGGGGGUUAUCCUAACAUGCUUUACUAGGGAUUACCGUCGUAUAUGGGACUUUCGACCAACUGAGC